GUGGUGCGAGAUGCCUUCUACAGGGACACCAUCUCGUCUAGUGCUGCAAGACUGCAGGACAUCAGUGCUGCAGUUUGUGCCCUGUUGUAUGCAUUGCUUGCCUGGGGAAGCUUCGAUCUGGCUGGAAGGAAGCUCCCUCCGAUCGCUGUUUCGCCGUGGCAUGCGAUAGACGGGCGCAGCUAUGCUGGAGCAGCUUUCGGUGUCAAGUUCGACCUGUUGUCGUCGAUGCCGUCCGCGCGGUCGGAUUCGCAGUUUGUCCUCAGCGUCCUUUUCAUGGCCUCCAAUGCUCUGAGUUCUCUGUUGCUGUUGAAUGUCUGCUACAACCGUGCCAAGGACCUUACGACGGCUCAGCAACGUGUGGCACGUGUUCUUGCUGUUUUUGUGUUCGCCAUGCUCGCAAACUGCCACCUGUUGGCGGUCCUGGUUGCUGGAGGAUAUGGCCCGGCGCUGCCGCUGGACAUCUUCCACGUCCUACAAGGUCUGAUCAUCGGCAUCUGCUUCACCCAGCUACGAGAGGUACUUGUUGAGGACAAGGCAAAGGAUGUGUAG